AUGGAGUAUGAGUUACAAAUAGGAAUGGAGUAUGAUAUACAUCUGCUUGAUCAAAGCAAUCAGCAAACAAGUGGAAGAAGGACUAGGACAGCUCGAAUGCAAGUGAAUACUAACUACAUUCGUUACAAUAUUCAAGUGCCACAAUCCAUUCUUGAUGAUACCUAUACUGAUGAAAUUGAAGACGAAGAAGAAGAGGUAGUGGAGGAAGAAGAUAUUAAUGAGUUUGUGGAUCAAGAUAUGUCUGAGUAUUUCGAAAGAAGUACAUGUUAUGUUCCUUGUGUUAUGGACAUAGACGCCAACGAAGAUGGUGAUGAUGUUGAGGAACAAGAAGCAUGUGCUAUCUGCUUGCUUGAAUAUAAAGAUGAAGAUAAUAUUGGCACACUUCAAUGUGGCCAUGAAUUUCAUGCUGAAUGCAUAAACAAAUGGUUGCAGAGGAAAAAAUCAUGUCCUUUUUGUAGAGCUUCAGUUUUGCCCACAAACACAUGA